AUGACCCCUCUCUUCAAUGAGUUGUGUGUGACAUCAAUCAUUGCGAUCAAACGUCCUUGGUCCCAAACCACGAUCUCGUUCCGCGAUACCCAGGCACAAAGGCUGCCUGCUUCCACCUCGAUGCAACAGAAUGACUUGAAGGUCCAAAUUCGAGAUGCAGAGACUCUGUAUUCUAAAGCCACGAAAUUUGAACUCUCUAAACGUUAUGACCAGGCAUAUGAACACUAUAUUCGCGCGACAGAACUGUUCCUGCAUAUAACCCGCUCACCACCCAACGCUCUAUCCGACAAAGAACGUCUGAAAUGGAAGGACAGCGCGAAGAAGGCUUUGGAUAGGGCUGAGAAAGUGAAGGUUUUCACCGACUCCAGUAGGAGGAGAGCCGCAGGAGGGUCUCCAGUGCCUUCCACAUCUUCUCCGGCGAGUCCAAGUGUCGGAACCGGCGGCGGGAAUGGGACUGUGCGGUUGACACCGGUGGCGAUCAACCCUUUUGCUCCUCACGAACAAUACUACGUUCUGAAGAAAGGAAGCACGAUCAACGGCCUUGUCUACCCUCUCUGGGACGAAUCUGAAGGGCCAGAAGCGACGGAAUCGCCAUUCCAUGAUCCAGAUGGACAACCCAAGCUCUCUUCGGAACAACUAGAAGUCUCGUCGAUAUGGAAAAGACCGAUGCACGAAUUCAUGUCUGAAGAAAUGGGAUCGACAUGCGAUUGGGAAGAAACACCUCGAAUUCUCCCCCAGGAUAUCCGCCAACAUGUCGUCUCAGAUUGCUCGGUCUGCGCUUCGAUCUCGGUGUGUUUGGAACAUGGGAGGAGGUUUGGGUCAUACCUAGCUGAAUCCCCUCUACACCACUAUUGCGACGCGGAAAAAUGGGUGAUGCGGAUUGGGAUGGGGUCCAAGUUGUUCUUCAGUCAGAAGAGUGGCCGGUUUGAUUUUAGGAUGCUGGUUAACGGUGCUUGGAGAAGGAUAGUCAUCGACGACCACCUACCCUGCAACCCCGCCGAUAACUCGUGGAUGUGUAUGUCUAUCUCGCCCCAAACCAAGUCUCCGUACACCGUCUGGCCUAGUUUGUUGGAGAAAGCGUACAUGAAGCUCAUGGGUGGAUACGACUUCCCUGGAUCGAACUCGAGUAUAGAUCUGCAUGCUAUUACAGGUUGGAUACCUGAACACGUUGAGAUCCAUAGGUCCGACUUCGAGCGAGAACGAACAUGGCAAAGAAUCUCCACCGGGUUCCUGAACGGAAAAUGUAUGGUUACACUAGGAACAGGGACCCGCCCCAUCUCGUUCGACUCGAGGAUCCAGCUGCUACCAUCUCACAGUUAUGCCGUGACAGACGUAUUUGAAGCGGACGAAGGAAGGAUGUUCACCGUCCUAGACUCCUGGGCUCCUGAAACCGAAGAUGGGAAAGGCGUGGAUGGUGUUAAUCGAAUGAUCAAUGUACUUUGGUCCGACGCGUUGAAUAUGUUCGAUGGGAUUUACCUUUCAUGGGAUCCGAGUAUUUGGGAUAAGUGUAUCACGUUCCAUGGAAUGUGGAAACGACAGGAUCCCGAAGAUGUCACGAAACAGCUCUUCAUCAAGUUCCGCGACAACCGCCCUUCUACACCCCCAGUUGACCAGGUCGACGGAACGCGACACCCCUCGCCCGCCGAAGAAGACACGGAAAUCUGGGUGCUCCUCACACGCCACCUUUCCAACUCGCAUCGGACACAGGACUUUAUCGCCCUGAGGGUACAAGUGGAGGAUGAUGUCAAGGGUGCGGUUGUGUUGAACCAGCAGAUGGUUUGUAGGAAGGAAACGUAUACGAAUAGUACUCAUAUCUUGGUUCGUGCGCGCCUCAAGCCCUCGGAUCGAAAUGGUAUUCUGUCAGUUGUUGCCUCGUACGACGGGGUUGCGAGUGAAGUUGGGUUCACGUUGAACGUAUACUCGCCAAAAGACGUGGAUGUGGAGUGGGAGGAGGGCGAGGGUGUUGGAGAGGCUCGGUACAGUGAUAAGGCAGGUGGAAACUGCACACAUCCGACGUUCAUGAUCAACCCCCAGUAUAGGCUAGUCGUGCACCCGGCGAAACCAUUGUCUGCUGCUCUACGAGCGCAGAACGCGACUACCGCAGGAGCAGGGAGGAUGACGUUCACUCUGAAGUCGAGCAAGGACAUACCAGUCAAUGUAGCUGUUGUGAGGUCUAACGCUGGGGAAGAGAGGGUUACAGAGCUCGCCGAGAGGGACUUGAUAGCAAGCUCAGGUCCCUAUACGUACGGCGUUGCUAAGGUCUCAAAGGACAUUCCGCCUGGCGAAUUCACACUGAUCCUUUCUACCUUUGACCCGGAAACCACUGGGCCCUUCAAUCUCAAGAUCGAGAGCGUUACCAAUCCAUUUGAUGUGCGUCUGAUUCCACAGGAAGGAGCGGGGAUGUACUCGAAGAGCUUCAUCGGGUCUUGGGACAUCAGAACUUCCGGUGGAAGUAUCUCGUCUGCUGCGCACGACAGGAAUCCCAAGUAUCAAGUGGAAGUCCCGACUAGGACGCAAUUCAAAGCCCGUCUACAAAUCGUCCGUUCCUCGAAGGCUACGCCAAUUAAUCUUGCAGUUUAUCAAGUUCCUGCUUCUUCGAGUUUGGGAUCGAGUUCGUCCAGGGCGGGUGGGUCGUCUAGCACUUUGGCCUUGGCUUCGUACAAGCAAGUUGCGUCGUCUGGGCAGUAUGAUGAUGCUUUAGCGGGGGUGGCGACACCCGUGGUAGAUUUGAGUCCGGGGAGGUAUUGGGUUGUGCCGUCGACUGUUCGGAGUGGAAUGGAGGCAGAGUUUAGGCUUGUGGUUUGGUACUCGGGUGGGGCUGUCAAGGUCUCUGGGCCUGUUUAA